AUGGAUACACCCAUCUCAACUUCCAACCAGUUCUCUCACUCUUCUAAUCAAGCACCUAACAACCCCUCUUCUGCAAAAAGAAGCAGACAAAAUGACCCCAACAGUACAGUUACUCAAAUGGACUACUCUUUGACUACUUUCACUCCAACCGCUCUUACAACACAAUCACAACAAUGUGGGCAAAACACCAUACCCCCAGAAAACAACAAACUGAUCGGGGCCCCUGUGCCUAUUCCAGUUAGCAUAGGAAAAAUUGCAAAAAUUCCCACACUGAUUAUCACAACAAAUAUUGUCCCCAAUUUGGUACAACAACCUAUCUCGGCAGUUGACUUACAACCUUCUGAUCUUCCAGGGCUUUCUGAACCCGAGGAUACACUUACAACCGAGCCCAACCUACUAACAGCUGACAACCUAGCCCUUUUAUCUGAUUCUACCGCCAACUCCCAACAAGAUCUACCUAUAGACACUCACUCGAAUGCUACAAUUGAAUCUUUACCAAAAAAAUCCUAUACUACU